AGCGAGUACAUAUCGGAGCGGGAUGCCCGCCUGGCCUGGGUGAGCGGCUUCACCGGCUCCGCAGGCACUGCCGUGGUGACGCUGCACAAGGCUGCCUUGUGGCCUGACAGCCGACACUGGCCGGGAGGCCAGAUGGACUGCAACUGGGAGCUGCACAAGACGACCUGGAUUGAGUCCAUCGGGCUGUGGAUCCUGGAGGCAGUUCCUGCAGGAGGGAACGUCAGCUUGGACCCCUUCCUCUUCUCCAUCGACACCUGGAGCAGCUACAGUGAGGCUCUCCACGGCUCCGGCAGGACCCUGCUUCCCAUGGAGACCAACCUCGUGGACCAAGUGUGGACUGACCACAGACCCCCUCCAGCCUCCAGCAAGAUCUACAGCCUCCCGGCAGAGUUCACAGGGAGCAGCUGGCAGGAGAAGGUGACAGGCAUCCGGCAGCAGAUGGAGCAGCACGUGCGGAGCCCCACUCGGGGCGGGAGGAGCCGGCCUGUGCGCAGCCAGCACAGCCACCUCCACGGCGGGGCCCCAGCCACCCCGCUGCCCAUGGACCCUGCCCUGACGAGUGACAGGGCCAGAGGGGUCCUGGGGAAGCCGGUGAGCACAGGCUCUGACAUCUGGUUCUUGACAGGGCUCUUCAACCUCCGUGGAGAAGACAUACCCUACAACCCUGUCUUCUACUCCUACACGCUGCUGACCAGCACCAGCAUAAGGCUGUUCGUGGACGGGACACGCCUCACGGCGGAGGCUCAGCAGUCCCUGCAGGAAGGCUGCCCGGGGCCCCUGUGCGUGGAGCUGCAGGAGUACGAGCAGGUGCGUGAGCACGUCCGUGCCUAUGCCCAGGGCAACGUCACCAUCUGGCUCGGCACCGAGUACACCACCUACGGCCUCUAUGGAGUCAUCCCCCAGGAGAAGCUCCUGGAGGACAGCUACUCCCCAGUGAUGACAGCCAAGGCUGUGAAAAAUGCCAAGGAGCAGGAGUUACUGCGGGCCGCUCAUGUGCGGGAUGCUGUGGCAGUCAUCCAGUACCUGCUGUGGCUGGAGAAGAUGGUCCCACAAGGGCUGGUGGAUGAGUUCUCAGGGGCACAGCACGUGGAUGCGCUCCGCCAGGACGGCACGACAGACAUCACACGCACCAUGCACUGGGGUGUGCCAACGCCAUUCCAGAAGGAAGCCUACACCCGGGUGCUGAUGGGCAACAUUGACCUGUCCCGCCUCGUCUUCCCCGCCGACACGGCAGGAAGAACAGUGGAGGCCUUUGCCCGCCAGGCACUCUGGAAAGUCGGGCUCAACUACGGCCACGGGACCGGCCACGGCAUCGGAAACUUCCUGUCGGUCCAUGAGUGGCCCGUGGGCUUCCAGUCCAACAACAUACCACUGACGAAGGGCAUGUUCACUUCCAUCGAGCCUGGAUAUUACCAGGAUGGCGAGUUUGGAAUCCGCAUCGAGGACAUUGCCCUUGUGGUGGAGGCGCAGACUGAGCACCAAACUGCAGAGAAGCCAUUCCUGACCUUCGAGGUGGUGUCCCUGGUGCCCUAUGACCGCAACCUCAUCGAUGUUGACCUCCUGUCAAAGGAGCAGAUCCAGUACCUGAAUGCCUACUACGAGACCAUCCGGGAGCGCGUGGGGCCGGAGCUGCGGCGGCAGCAGCUGGAGGAGGAGUUCGCCUGGCUGCAGAGGAACACGGAGCCCUUCCUGCAAAGCAGUGCUGCCACCACCGCCACCACCCUGGGCACACUGGCUGCCACCUCCCUCCUCUCAGCACUGCUCAGUGAGCUGCAGCCCUGA